AUGGCCAAGCGGCACUUGGCGGGAAUGGUGCGGUCGAGCCCAAACGUGGUGAAGUUUGACUCCGAACCUGAAGAGUCCUCGCGCCCGAACUCCUCGCCAUCCACGCGGCCUCCCCGCGCGCAGUCCAGCAAUGCGUGGCACGAUGUUAUGGAGAUGUGCCGGAAAGGUUUCACCACCAAAAUGAACAGUGUGGGCAAUGAGAUAUUGCAGGAUGUGCGCAGCGAAGUUCAGCGUGCGGUCGCGCAGCUGAAGUACGAAAUCUCUAGCAUGUUGGAGGCCAGAGAAAAGACUUCCAGCAACAAAAUGGAGUCUGUGCUUCUCAACAUAGACAAGCUACAGAAGACCACGGAAGAAGGGGUCAUGAACAUUCACUUCGAUCUUUCUCCAGUCCUGCAGGAGAUGCAGCGAGUUAACGACAUCCAUGUCGAGGACCGCAAGAGACUGGAAGGACAAAUGGAGAAGCUUGGCCAGCAGAUGAAAGAGGUCCAGGUCCGGGCAGAUCUAGAAGAGGAGCGGCUCCAGAAGUUGCUCGAGAAGCAGGAGCAGACGGAAAGUUUGAUCGUCGGCGUGCAGAAGUUCCAGGACAUGCUGGCGCUGUCUAUCGAGCAGACGACAGACGAGGUUCAAAAGUCAGGCGUGCAGGUGCACCAGGACUACGACAACCUGGUCGCUUUCAACACUGAGACGUCGAGGCAGCUCAUGCAACGGCUCGAGGAGCCUCUCACCAUGGACACCGCGGAGCUGCAUCGUGAACUCAAGAAAAACCAAACUGCAUUGUCUGCCGACUUCCGCAUGGUUCUGAGCGAGAUCGGAAAGAUCCAGCAAGCGCUGCAUCUGGACUUCAUUCAGAUGGCGGAAUUCGUCAAAGAGGAGAAGGAGCAAAAGCGUCCAAGCCUCCCGCCCGUGGAAGCCGCAUGCGUAGAGGCGCCAUCGCCGGAGCCGAAGCUGGUCGAGGAGCCGAAGGCACGGGCAGUGCCCAGCAAUGCGCACAGCGGUGCGCAAAGCGGUGCCCAGAGCAUGGGAGUGAGCCACGUGACCGCCAAGGAAAAGCCCAGAUCCUCGCUGAAGCAUAGCGCCACCGCACCUGCCGACAAGGAGGAAUCGACGUUGAACAUGUCAAUGACCAGUGAGCUGGUCUAUGCUGCAGCGAAACGCGGGAGUGUUGGUCCUGGAAUGAACUCAGAGAACGCUUUCUCGGCCAAGAAGCACAAGCGCGUCCGAGAAUUUUGGAGCCAAACGGAGCCAAAUCCUGUGGAAACGACCGCCGUCCAGACAGACCCGGUGAAGUUCCAGGCCCAGCGCGGCCGAAGGAGUACGCACCCGAACGGGGAAAAGACCUUAGCCGCGCCGAAGCCCAAGCCGAAACCCAAACCCCAAAGAGUCUUUCAGGAUGCAGAGGCGAUGAAGCAAAAGGCACGCCAAGCGAGAGUCAAGCCGCAGUACAAUGUUUUCGACCGCUAUUACAAGACGGGCUGCGCGCAGUUCGUCGCCAAGCAUUGGCUGUUCGAAUACGCAACUCUGUUUGUGGUGUGCUUGAAUACUGUCUGGAUCGCCAUCGACACGGACUUGAACACCUUCUCCAUCAUCACGAAUGCGCCCAUUGAGUUCCAGAUCGCGGAGAACUUCUUCUGCGGCUACUUUUUCGGUGAGCUGCUCAUUCGGUUCUGCGCCUUCCAACACAAGAGGCAUUGCUUGCAAGACUAUUGGUUUCUUUUCGACCUUUUCCUUGUAGUCCUCAUGGUCGCAGAGACAUGGAUUGUCCCGCUGGUGUUCAAUGCGCUUGGAUUGAGGGAGCAGGACGCCUUCCGAAGUUUGAGCUGCAGUAGGGUUCUAAAUGGAUGUUUCCAGCAUUGCAUAAAUAGUUGGAUGUUCCAUCACGCCGCUUUUUUGUUUCAGGCUCGAGAGUUGGAGCGGCAUCAAAAGAUUGUUCAGAGUUUGCGAGAUUGA